CUGUAUCAUUGUCUAGCGCUGCCCCAAAAUUUGCCUGGUUAUCUCUACUAAAAUUUGCUUAUAAACAUGACUAACCUUAAAAGAGUCCAAUUCCCAUCAGUGACAGUAAGUUUCCUGCUCUGUUUCACCAACAUUAGAAUAAGAACCAGCCUCUCUGUGAUUUAAAAAACAAGGAUAGAUGCACCACCUAUGAAUCAAACACUAGCAAGAGCCACCAGACCUCCAUGUUGCACGCCAUUUCCGGACCUAUCUUCACGGCCAUAGUUCAGCUUUCAAGGCAUUGCAGCAACCAAUACCAGCUGCAAAACCCAUCAUGAAUCUGCGGGGAGCAUCUCGAAUUAACCCACCAGCUCCAGCAGGUCCAGGAUCUACCCGUGUUCAACUUUGGCCGACCAUCAUGGGAAGCUUUCCAACUUUUCCAUUCCCCCGUGUGAGGUUUCGAACUUUUCUUUUCUCGUGGCCUCGUAGGCAAGCUGGCUAGUACUUGAAAGAGAGAGAGAGAGAGAGAGAGAACGACUUCUUUGUUUUAGUGGGGGUAUUAUUACGGCCCAGAGAAAAUUGCAAAAGAGGUAAAUCCAAUCCUGGUCCAUUUCGGAAUUUGCCAGCCACAUCCAAGAAACAACGAGCGAAGAAGAAAGAUGACGACAAUUCAAUGAUUCAGCUGCAACGAUCUUCUCGGCUUCGCCUCCAUCAAUCUCGACCAUCUCACCGAAACUUUCAAUAUGUCAAUAUGUCAUUCUACAUGACUUAUUUGGCAAGAUGGCCCGAUUAUUUCCAUGUUGCUGAAGGCCCUGUAAACAAAAUCAUGGCCUACAUAAUGGAGAAAGUAGAAGGACAAGGCGAGUCGUGGCAUGGUCAUGUGACAGCAGUAACUGUGGCUACAGAAUACCGCAGGCAGCAGUUGGCUAAGAAACUUUUGAAUCUAUUGGAAGAUAUCAGCGACAAGAUUGAUAAGGCUUAUUUUGUAGAUCUUUUUGUGAGAGCAUCAAAUACACCAGCCAUAAAGAUGUAUGAGAAGCUUGGGUAUGUAAUCUAUAGAAGGGUGCUGCGCUAUUAUUCAGGGGAGGAAGAGGGAUUAGAUAUGAGGAAAGCUUUAUCUAGAGAUGUCGAAAAGAAAUCCACUAUCCCCCUCAAGCGGCCAGUUACUCCUGAUGAACUGGAGUAUGAUUAAAUCUGCAUUUUGUUGAUAAUUGAAGUUGAAAGUGAUGGUUUUGACUCUUGGAAUGAAAAUGAUGCCUGAGUCUGUGGGUCCAUUGUAGAAAUUUUGUCUUAUGAAAGAGAGCAGUGUCUUGUUUCUUUUAUUUGUUCAACAUGACUCAUGAAGAAGGGAAGGGACGUGCUUCUGACAGACCAAGCUUUCUUGGAUUAUGAAUUUAUUACUUGUUUUGCCGUA